AUCUCAAUUUUUCUUGGUCUUAGCUAUUAGUUUCUUUAGCUUUAAUGGAGUCACCAAUAUCAAUUUCACAAGAACUUAUUAAUGAUGAUGAGCCUCAAGUAGAAGAAGAACUAAUUUCUUUAUCUUCAUCUAUGGCUGAGACAAGUACAAGACCUCUUUCAAGAAGUACAACUGGUCAUCAUUUUGUUAUGGGGAAACAUCGCAUGGCUGCUGCUAUUACUUCUCUCGAUCAGCAAAUCCAAUUUAUUCAGGAAGAAUUGAAUAAGCUUGAAUCAUAUGGAGAGGCCUCCAUAGUCUGCAAAGAAUUUGUUUCAGUAGUAGAAGCCAAACCAGAUGCUCUGCUUCCAGUGACCAAAGGACCAUCAAAUGUUAAAUGGGAUAGAUGGUUUCAAGGAGCCAGUGGGUCAAGACGUAACAAACGCUGGAUCUGAAUAACUAAUUGUCUCAUCGAAAUAUCAAAGAUAUUUAAUAAAACAUCUGGAUUAUCCUUCUUAUAUAUAAAAUCUCAGAAAAUUUUAUUUG